ACACUACUAGCUCCUACGUAUUAUAUUUUCUUGCUUGGUUUAUUCUUAUUAAUUAGUCAAUAAUUAGCAGAAUAAUAUAUACCCAGUUUCAUUGGAGAGAUGGAGGGAGAAAGAAACAGGUUUGGGCAAGCACGGAAGUGAAUAAAGAUUGGAUCUUUUUGUGCUGGAAAAGGUAUACUUAUGAUGAUAAUACAGAUUCUUGAUUGAUGUUUUCUCAAUUCCCCUUUCUGCUGUGAAGUGGUCAAGUCGCCUUUCAACUCCUGGCCUGUACGUACGGAUUCGUGGUUAAUUGGGAUUCCACGCCUUUAAAAGGGGUAAAAUUGUCCAUGUGGUUUCCUAUGGAUGGCGGCGGCGGCGGUGGUGACGACCAAGGGGGAGAACAAAAACCAGCUCUCCGGCCACCUCCGAUGGUCACAACCACAGGGUAUUGGUACUCUGACCAUCACCAGAUUCCCCAGCCAGAGAUCUGCUACAAUAAUACUCCGGGUGACAUGGAAAUGGUGGGGUGGAAGAGUUUCCUCGCCAAGGCGGCGGCGGCGCCCGCUAGCGGCGCUCCGUCCUCCUCCAAGGCGGCGGCGGGACUUUCCUCCGGCGUGUUCUAUACCCAUCCCCACCAAGAAUUCUGCAACGCAUCAUGGGUUGACCAGGGGGGCAACAACCACGACGACUCUUCCACCUCUACUUUAAGAUGCGUGUUCCCUUGCGAGGGGAACGAGAGGCCGAGCCAGGGGCUCUCGCUCUCCCUCAGCUCCGCCAACCCUUCCGCCAUAGGGCUACAGCCCUUCGAGCUAAGGGCUGCUAAUAAUAACCCCGUGCCGGCGAUGAGCCACGGAAUAAAGAAGAAGAUGGCCUGCAGCCAAUGGCAGGAGGGGGAGGAAAGUACAACCCAUAAUGCUGCCGGUACUACCUCUGAUUGCAACAGAAACCCUUGUUUGGAUUCCCUUGACCUUCUUGAAUUGCACAAGACCCAAACCAAGCUCCUUCAUAUGCUCCAAGAGGUUGAUAGGAGAUACAAGCAGUAUUGCGAUGAAAUGAAGGCGGUGGUUUCCUCCUUCGAGGCGGUGGCCGGAGACGGGGCGGGGAAGGGGUACGCCGCCCUAGCGGCAAAGGCGAUGUCGAGGCACUUCAGGUGCCUGAGAGAUGGGAUCGUGACCCAGUUGAAGGAGGUCAAGAAGGCCGCCGCUCAAAAGGACCGCCCCGAGGCGGCGCCGGCGUCCGCCGCCGCCGCCGGCACCACCAAGGGGGAGACGCCGAGGCUCAAAAUACUGGACCAAGCUCUCCGGCAGCAGAAGGCGUUUCAGCAAAUGAGCAUGAUGGAAGCACACCCGUGGCGGCCGCAGCGCGGCUUGCCGGAGCGGUCCGUCUCCCUCCUCCGCGCUUGGCUCUUUGAACACUUCCUUCACCCGUACCCAAGUGAUGUGGAUAAACAUAUUUUAGCCCGCCAAACAGGCCUUUCAAGAAGCCAGGUGUCUAAUUGGUUCAUCAAUGCAAGGGUGAGGUUAUGGAAGCCCAUGGUGGAGGAGAUGUAUCUAGAAGAAACUAAAGAACAACAAAAUCCACUUGUUGCCAACUCAUCAUCUGCUGAUGACACCAACCCAGAUUCCGGCAGCCGGCGGCCGGAUCAUCGGAACCCUAGGACGACGUCCGACGACGCCACGGAGGACCGUAAGCCCAACAACCUCGUACGCGUCGACAUCUCCUCCAUCUUCAACAACAACGACAACCCCGGUGGUGGGGCCACCGGUGCUGACGACGACCGCUGGCGGCCCAUCUCCGGGGCAACGAGGGUUGGUGGGGACCACCGCUCGUUCGCUCACGUCGGGUUCUCGCCGUCGCCCGACCCAGCCUGGGCCCACGGGAACCCCGGCGGGUCUUUCGGGUACGGGGCGCGGGCCGGAGGCGGCGUGUCGCUGACGUUGGGGUUGCAGCAGCAAGGCGGGAGCGGAAUGGGUCUGGCAGGCGCAUUCUCUCCCUCCUCCACCGCUACCGCCUCGUCGGCGGCGGGGCCUCCGCCGCCACUCUACUACACUAGACCCGACCAAAUUGAAGAUUGCCAAACAGUCCCUUAUCCGCUUUUGGACAGUGAAGGUCAGAACUUGCCGUACAGGAACUUGAUUGGGGCGCAGCUGCUUCGCGAUUUGGCGGGUUAAUGAGGGAGAUAUUAAAAGAUAAUUAUCAUCUAAAUUAAUUAAAAGUUAGAAACUCAAUCAGUGAAAAAAAAGAGGAAUUAGUAGUAUGAUUAAACCAUGUUGAUUGAUUAGUAGUGUUUGUCAUUACCUUGCAGCUUCUUUACAUUUACUGGUAUUAAUAUAUGACAAGUACAAGU